CGCUGGAUUUCGUGUGGUGGUGACCGAAAAAUCGAGUGCCGUGAAGCAUCCGUCGCGGAAUGCACUUUUUUGUCUUUCUCCCAUUCCUCGCUUCUCUCGUCCUCGUCCUUCUCGCCGAUCAUCGGGAUCCUCAACACAUCAAUCACGAGAUAGACGACUCCGAGUUUUGCACUUACGAUGGGAGAAUCGGUCAUUGCGAGGCGAUUCUCGACUGCAAACGGGAAAUUCCCAAGAAGGAACUCUUUCAGAGACGCCAUGCUUGUUCCCAUGUCGCCUAUAGGGAGACGAUAUGUUGUGAAAUGACGGGAAGCAUCGACUACCCCGGGCGGAUCGUGGGAGGAGAUGACACGGCACCUUGGGAAUAUCCUUGGAUGGCUGCCCUUCUCACAAAGUCUUCCAAUAAAAGACCAUUCUGCGGCGGAUCCCUCAUUUCUCCCGUCCACGUCCUCACCGCUGCUCAUUGCGCGAAACAUAUUCUCCCAGACCCAACAUCUUUUCGAGUCCGGAUCGGGGAGCAUAACUUUGACAGCGAACUGGAGACGGACUAUCGAAAUUUCCGCGUCCAAAAUGUCUCCAUUCACCCCAAUUACACUUCAUCUUACACCAUCAAGGACGACCUGGCUAUCCUUGAACUGAAUGCUUCCUGCAUGGACAAACCUCGGACGGUCUGCCUCCCAGAAGUACCAAAUGAUUUUCGCAAUCAUGAGGCCGUCGUCAUCGGCUGGGGAGUGACGGAGGCAGGGAAGAACCAACCACCCAUCCUCCAAGAAGUCACUGUCGAGGUAUAUCCGCAAGUGAAGUGCGAGGAGGCCUACGAAAACUUCAAAAUCACGGAUUCUCAUCUGUGUGCAGGGAUCCAGGAGAACGGAGGGAAGGACUCGUGUCAGGGGGAUUCCGGAGGACCUUUACACGUGAAGCUGAAAGGGAGAUGGGUUCAGGUGGGGAUCGUCUCGUUUGGGAUCGGAUGUGCCGAGGCUCUUCAUCCCGGGGUCUACACGAAUGUCUCCUCCUACUUGUCGUGGAUUGCUGAUGUCCUCGAUCCUUACACUCUUAACGAUGAAUUGUGUGGGGAAUCUCUGGAGCAAGAUCCAAAGAUGUUUGAGGACUGCCCAAACGGAGCAGUCUCCUCACGCUCCCUCAUUCAAGCAUUGCUUCCGUCUUUAACCAUUCCCAUCCUCCUAUUUUCAAUCUCUUCCUCAUUCCUUCCCUCACUUGCCACAUAAUUCAACAUACCAUUGAAUAUAUAUAUAUAUAUAUUUUUUUUUUUUUGGGG